UAAUCUGAAGCUGAACUUCCUCCUUAUUGUGGGCAAAACAGCACAGCGAAAAGAGAAAAUAGCGAAAGGAGGAGAAAAGAGGAGAAGGAUUAUGACCCGCACAAGGUGUUCUGUCUGCAGAUGGAAAGAUUGUGAUGAUCGUUUACGGCAACUGCCAACACUGCAGAAUAAACACACUUUUUAAAGGCAAUACAGCUGAAGACAGAGGGCUCCUGAUUAGGGUUAAAGAGAAGCUACAGCGUUUCAGCGUCGUGACUAUUCAAGCAAUAUUUCAAAUGCCAGAACCUGCUGAUGACUAAUAAAACAGUGACAGCUACUUAUUUGCAAAGAGAUGUAAAAAUCUGUCAUGGCAGCGGCGUGAGAAACGUCUGCUUGCACGCCAGCAUUUACAGCUUCAGUCGUGCAGGCAAACGACACUGCACAGUUUUGAGCUUUCUCUGUCACAUCAUUAGUUAAUGAUCAAGUCCUUCUGGAGCUGAGUGAGGUGUGGAUAGAAAAGGAAAAGACUAAACUGUACUGCAUGAAUGGACAACAGGACUGGUGGAAACCCUGCACUGUUCUUUACUGGAAGUCAGCAGACUAGUAACUGAUUUGUCAUUCCCAUGAAGGGGAGAAGGCAGGGCUGCUCAGCCUAGGGCACUCCCACCCUCCAUCUCCCUCCUUUGUGUCCGUCCAUCUCCCUCUCUCCAUCUCCGUCUCUUGUGCUCUCUCUCUGUCUCUGAGUGGUAAUGCUGUGCUGGGGCAGUUCGGCCUGGGGUCAGCUGGGCCUUGGUGACUCCGAGAGUGCUGUGUUUGAGCCACGGAGCUGCCGUAUGUUGAACGGGAAGGGGCUGAAAGAGGUGGCCUGUGGAGGACAGCACUCACUCUUCCUGCUACAUGAUGGGAGCGUGUACACGUGCGGCUCCAACAGCCGUGGUCAGUUAGGCCAUGAGAAGCCAGGAGCAAAGCCAGAAUUGGUGGUGGCGUUGGAUGCGCAGAAGAUUGCAAGCGUGGCAUGUGGAGAGGCCCACUCUCUGGCAGUAAAUGAGCAGGGCCAGGUGUUCGCCUGGGGUACCGGAGAUGGGGGUCAGCUUGGUCUAGGGACAGUGGAGGAGGCUGUCCGAGUGCCCAGGUUAAUAAAAAAACUGUGUGAGCAUCGAAUCUCUCAAGUCAUGUGUGGAAACCAGCACUGCAUAGCACUUUCUAAAGAUGGUCAGUUGUUCACAUGGGGUCAGAACUCCAGUGGUCAGCUGGGUUUGGGGAAGGGUGAGCCUAGCUCUCUGUCUCCUCAGCCCCUCAAAUCUCUGUGUGGGAUCCCGCUGGCUCAGAUCAGCGCUGGGGGAGACCACAGCUUCGCCCUUUCUCUCUCUGGAGCCGUGUUCGGAUGGGGCAGGAACAGCGCUGGACAGCUGGGCCUCAAUGACGAGCAAGAUCGGGCCGUUCCCUGCCAUAUUAAAUUCCUUCGGUCCCAGAAAGUGGUCUACAUCAGCUGCGGAGAGGAGCACACAGCCGCUCUGACCAAGGAUGGAGGCUUAUUCACAUUUGGAAAUGGGUCAAGAGGACAGCUAGGCCAUGACUCCACCAAUAAUGAGCCUCUGCCACGCAGAGUUCUGGAGCUCAUGGGCACGGAAGUGUCUCAGAUCGCUUGUGGCAAGCACCACACCUUGGCGUUCGUGCCCUCCACUGGCCUGGUUUACGCCUUUGGCUGCAAUGCUCACGGCCAACUUGGCUUAGGAACCAGAGGACAUGCCAAGAUCCCCAUGCCUGUCCGAAAUAUUCAGCCUCCAUAUCUCAGCAGCACACAAACAACAGACACAGAGAGAUACAGCAUCAACAGGAUUCACUGCGGAGGGGAUCACAGCUUCCUCUUGCUGUCACAUGACAAGAGAUGCCCAGAGGACUUUCGCAUUAUCAGCACGUCUAAAAGCAUUUCUCUGAUUAAUUAUGAGAGUCUAAACAGUUGGAGAUUGAAGCUCCUCGACAAUUCGGAUUCCAGCAUCACAAAUGACAUCAUCCUUCUGUUGUCCUCGACUGCAUGUUGGAACGCCAGCUUUUUGGACCAGAGUGAUGAUGGCCAUUUUAAAACCAAUCCCAAAGUCCCUGGCAUCGAUCUCAACUCAGUCAGGCUGCUGUUUGAGACAUUGAUGAAGCCUGCCUACUCAAGGCUACUGGAGCAGACCACCAAGAGCUUUGAGAGCUUGCUGAUUCCUCAGCUCCCCUGCUCCCCUCCUGAUGUGGAGGCCAUGCGCAUUUACCUGAUCCUUUCUGAGUGUCCAGCCCUCCACGACUCCAAAAACUACAUCUCCCUCACCAUCCCUCUCGCCAUGGCCAUCCUCAGACUGGACACCAACCCCAGUAAAGUUCUAGAUAACUGGUGGUCACUGGUGGACUGUGAAGUUUUCUCCAGGCUGGUGGAGAUGUAUAAGAGUAUCGUGGUGUUUCUGCUUACCAGUGGCAAGGCCCUCCUCAUCCCUGUAUUUCUGGAGAGCUAUAUUAGCGCUACGCUACGACUGCUGGAGAAACUACACAAAGUGAACCAGAAAGCCCAUCAUGUGGAGUACAAUCGCUUCUACAUCCCCGAUGUCACUAGUCUGGUGGACAUCCAGGAAGACUACCUCAAGUGGUUUCUGAGCAAAGCUGAGAUUAAAAUGCGAUCUCCUCCAGUACAGAGUUCUGUCACAUUAUGUGCCUAUCCGUUCAUAUUGAACGCUCAAGCCAAGACAACCAUGUUGCAGACAGAUGCUGAGCUGCAGAUGCAGAUGGCAGUGAGUGGAGCCAACCUGCACAAUGUUUUCAUGCUGUUAACCCUGGAACCUUUGCUGGCGCAGAACCCCUUUCUAGUGCUCCAUGUGCGAAGGGAUCACUUAGUCAGUGACGCACUUCGGGAGCUUACAAUCUACAGCGAUGUGGAUCUGAAGAAACCCCUAAAGGUGAUUUUUGAUGGCGAGGAGGCAGUGGAUGCCGGAGGAGUCACCAAAGAAUUCUUCCUGCUCUUGCUGAAGGAGCUGAUGGAUCCAGUGUAUGGCAUGUUCACCCACUACCCAGAAUCCAACCUGCUCUGGUUCUCUGAUAAAUGUUUCGUGGAACACAACUGGUUCCACUUAAUCGGCAUCGUCUGUGGCCUGGCCAUCUAUAACUCCACAGUGGUAGACCUGCACUUUCCUCUCGUGCUCUACAAGAAACUUUUGGAUGUUUGUCCUGCUCUGGAUGACCUGAAGGAGCUGUCCCCUACGGAGGGAAGGAGUCUCCAGCAGCUGUUGGACUAUGAAAGAGAUGAUAUUGAGGAAGCCUUCUGUCUCAACUUUGCUAUUACCCGAGAACAUUAUGGAGUGACUGAGGUGAAGGAGCUGGUUCCCGGAGGAGAGAGCAUCACAGUGGACCGGUCCAACAGAGAAGAGUUUGUGCAGGCGUACCUGCGCUAUGUGUUCAUCGACAGCGUGCGGGAGCUGUACUCUGCAUUCUCAGGCGGUUUCCUGAAGGUGUGUGGAGGCCGGAUCCUCUCACUGUUCCAGCCCUCAGAGCUCAUGGCAAUGGUGGUGGGCAACAGCAGCUACAACUGGGAGGAGCUGGAGAAGAAUGCGGUCUAUAAAGGGGAGUUUUCAGCCUCUCAUCCUACAGUGCGGAUGUUUUGGGAGGUGUUCCAUGACUUUCCCUUGGAGAAGAAGAAACAGUUCUUAUUGUUCCUGACGGGCAGUGAUCGCAUCCCCAUCCACGGCAUGGCCAGCCUGCGCAUCGUCCUCCAGUCCACAUCAGCAGCUGAGCACUACCUGCCCGUGGCCCACACCUGCUACAACCUCCUGGACAUGCCCUGCUACAAGACCAAAGAGACGCUGCGCACACGGCUGACGCGCGCCAUCGAGCAGUAUGAGGGCUUCAGCCUGGUGUGAGCGACUCCGUCGGUCUGGGGAGGCCGGAUGCACUGCACUUUUACCCCAAAUACCCAGCGGGGCACAGGGGGGAUAGAACGGAGGAGCCCGAGAGGUCAGGAUGGCCUGUCUGGACCGGCCAUUCCCGACCCAACACCACAGGGUUCUUCCAGCGGCCGAGUAAAGAAGGGGCCUGCACUGGACGGGCACCUUUGCUGAAUUCUAAUUGGGGUAAAUGUUAUUUUCCUAUUGUUGGAGUGUGAGUCUAACGUGACUUUAAUGACCGAGAUAUGCACAUUGUUAUUCAGAGUAUAUUUUCCUUUCCUUUUUUGAGUUAAACUUUUUUAAUCCUUGGAAUCCAAUCCAUGUGGCUUACUGUAGAGGAAUUUAAUGUUCUACACAUUGACUGUACAUAUUUUCUGUUUGGAAUUGAGCCUGAGCAUUUGGUUUGCUGUGGUUUAUAGGCGUUUUUUUGGCACUAUGUUAAAUUGUUUUCCCUCUGCUGUUGCCGGGGAACAAAAAACCUACUAAAACGUCCUCAAUAUCUGACUUCUGACCCUUUGCUUACUCACGUACUCAACAGAUUAUGCAGUACUGUGCAUUCCUGAGUCCAUAUUUACAACAUUGCCUUUAAUAUAGUGAGCCACUAGCGAGGUACGCCUCAAGCUUUUUACUCUUUUCUUUUGUUUUGUUUCCUUUUGCUCUUAAUGGUAAGUGUGCAUGCAAGUGUGGCAUACGGAGUGGAAGCUGAGCCUGCUUAUGACUGUUUAGUGUAACAAUAAAUAUGUAUAUGGUAAACCCAAACAUUUUAUUUAUGGUUUAAAAAGGAAAAAAAAAAAAAAAGCUGAUUCCUAAAAAUUUGAAAGCUGCAAAUAUCACUGUAACUUGUGUGAUUGCAUUGAGAAUCACAAGGAAGCCUUUGGUUGAUAUUUUGUUGAAGGAAGAGAUCCAGCAAUAACUGGGCGAUGCAUCUGUGUUUGGUUGGUUUUCUUUUUCCAUUUAAAUGCUGGCCUAUGCACUAUGAAUCUGUUAAACGUUCCUUUUUUAAAAAAGUCUUUCAAACGACAUUGCAUUUAUAUUUGAACGACUUCCUGACGUCUGCGCGUUGCAGGGCAUGUUAAAGGGAUUUUUUUUUUCUUUGCACAGCCGUGGGUGACAUUGUAAAGUACUGGAUCAGAAUGACUUGCUGCGUAGCUAAAGGAGGAUAACGUGAAGAAGAGAGUAGUUCAUGCAGAAAUCUCACGAGAGGAGCGCUGCACAGGCCCUGGAGACAUGAGCUGUGUUCACUGCAUCCUCUCAUCUACAUAUUGCUGCAGGAGCUGGAGACGCGCGUUCAUUCGUUCACAGUUCACCCGCGAGCAUUCCUAUCCAAUACGUUAUUAUCAAUGUAAGCAAACAAGGGCUUCUUAGUGGCUAUUGAUGCAUUAUUUUGGUAAAGCAUAUUUACUUUUAUACCUCUCUCAAAUGGAAUAUAUUGUUUUAUCUAUUUUUUUUCCAGAACAAAUAAAACUAUAAUUCCA